UCGAUAGUUUGCCGCCAUCUUUGCACUGAAUUUUUCUUUCCACGUGCGACGACGAAACUCGCUCAUUUCAUUUCAAGACUCAGAAUGUGAACAACAACGGAAACUUCAAGCAUUUGGCUAAAUCAAGAUACGUGCAUUCCACGUGCAUGUGAGACACCUCGGGACAACAUGUGAGCCCGUUGAGACACCUUGGGCAAUGAGCCCUCUUAAACACCAUUUCUGCAUUGAAGAUUUUACUUUCCGGUUUGAGGUUAUGUAGGGGUCCAGCUGCAGCAAGCACAUGGAUAAUCACCCUUAAAGAUCAACUCAGGAAUGUGGUGACAACGGAAGCGAAAAAUAACUGAGCUUUUGCAUUCGACUGCUUAAGAAUGACGUUGACAGACUUGCACAGAAUAAUUGGAAAUUUUUAUGCACACAUCUAAUAAAAUCAAAUCAUCGAAAAUUAUAUUCAUUGUUUAUUGUUAUUGGGAGUUAAUUGAGUUUAGGCAACAAUUAAAAUCUUUAGUAAUUGACCAUUUGGUAAAGUAGCGUUGCGCCUAAAACUUUUUAAAAUUAUGCUUUCUAAUUCGCUUUUUACUGGGCUUGAAGAUGCUAUUCGAACCAUUUAGCAUAAUUGUGAGCGCACUGUGCGACAGUAAUGAGGCUGAAAAUAAGAUCAAUAUUAUUAUGAGAAUAAAGUAAUAUGGAAAGUUAUUCAACCCCCUGAACGAGUGUAAACUUAUUUAAAUGAUUUAAUAGUGAGUAAACGAGUUCAAAAGUUGCGCACCCAAUUGUCAUCUCUAUUUUCCAAUCCCUACAUUCGAUAUCGAUAACAUGGAAAAUGAGACGCGCCGGUUUAAUCAAACCGCUGUUGCGUAUAAGUAGCGAAAAUCACCGUGUUUGGAGAAAAAACUACGCCACACAAAAGGAUUCCGGCUUGGCGGAGUGCUCACUGGACCCCAAGGAAUAUGUGGACCUCAAGCGUCAACUGCGGCAACUCAACUUGCCCCACAAAGACGGACACACGUGUUUGCAGCUGGAGUGUCGCCUCUGCGACCGCAACAGGCAGCCGGUGACAAACGCCCAAAAGGGCACUGAUCAUGGGCUGCUGGCUUACGUAAACAAGCGGACGGGAGCCUUUAUCUGCCCAAACUGCGACGUAAAAACCUCACUAGGCAGUGCUUUGUUAUCCUAUCAGUUGCCCAAGCCGGUUGGUUAUAAGCAACCGCUGCAAAGGCAGCCGCUCUAUGAAUCCCGAUUUCCCCACCUUGCCGAUGUCACUCCCGAGGCCUGUGCAGCUCUGGGGAUCAAAGGCUUGAAGGAGGACCAACUAAAUGCCAUUGGAGCACAAUGGGAGCCGCAGCAACAGCUGCUCCAUUUCAAGUUACGCAAUGCCGCGCAAGUGGUAGUGGGAGAAAAGGUGUUAUAUCUGUGCGAUCAACGGGAGGAGGUCUACCAGAGCAGCUCCAGCUCCGGGCUGCUGAUCCACGGUGCGACGAACAAAACCAAAGCGGUUCUAGUCAGCAAUCUACUGGACUUUAUUGUCCUUGCCACUCAGAAUAUUGAAACGCAUUGCGUUGUAUGCCUGCCCUACGAAUUGAAGACACUACCACAGGAGUGUCUGCCCGCUUUGGAACGCUUUAAGGAGCUCAUCUUUUGGUUGCACUACGAUGCUAGUCACAGCUGGGAUGCAGCUAGAGCUUUUGCGUUAAAGUUGGACGAAAGGCGAUGCCUGUUGAUCCGACCCACCGAAACGGAACCUGCUCCUCAUUUGGCUCUGCGCCGACGCCUUAAUUUGCGCCACAUUCUGGCCAAAGCGACACCAGUGCAGCACAAGGCCAUCACAACAUUUGGAGCGAUGCGAAAUGACAUUCUGAGCGAGUUGCAAAACAUCGAGAAGGUCAAUGGAGUAAUGUGGAAGCGCUUUCCAGUUCUGAACAAACUGCUCAAAGGCCAUCGGAGGGGAGAGUUGACUAUCUUAACAGGACCCACGGGCUGUGGAAAGACAACCUUUAUGAGCGAGUAUUCCCUUGAUCUGGCCAUGCAGGGCAUAAACACGCUGUGGGGCUCUUUCGAGAUCCGAAACACACGGCUGGCGGCCACUCUGCUUCGCCAGUAUGUAGGCUACCCGUUGGACGACCGGUUGCAGGAGUUUAACCAUUGGGCAGCGGAGUUUGAGCGUUUGCCGCUAUACUUUAUGACCUUCCACGGACAGCAGCCUCUCAAGCCAGUUCUGGAAGCCAUCGAGCAUGCGUCUUAUGUUCACGACGUGAUGCACGUGAUCAUCGACAACCUGCAGUUUAUGAUGGGCAUCUCCACAUAUCGAGGCGAUAAGUUCUGGGAGCAGGACUCCAUUAUAGCAGCCUUUCGCUCCUUUGCCACCAAGUACAAUGUCCACGUGACGCUCGUAAUGCAUCCACGCAAGGAGCGGCAAGAGGACGAGCUGACCACCAGCUCCGUUUUCGGAACAGCAAAAGCCACCCAAGAAGCGGACAACGUGCUGAUCAUACAAGACAAGAGGCUGACUUCUGUGCGGGGCAAAAAGUAUCUCCAGAUUGCCAAGAAUCGCUAUUCCGGUGACCUAGGCAUUAUGCCACUGGAAUUCGACAAAGAUGCUCUGAGCUACUCCUCCCAGAUCCAAAAUGCUAAGCGAAAGCGGGAAAAGACGCCAACCGAGAACUGACUUAUUAAGGCAUUUGUUGUACUAUACGAUGUAAUUAUUAUGUUGUCUAUGGCUAGUUUAGUCUAAGUGAAUCCUUUGAUAAACUGCAUCACGUUG